GCCAGGAUCAGGAGAGUGAAAUCCAGAUCACAAUGAGCAACCGCACGGAGCAGGAUUACGACAGUGCCACUCCGGCGCUGCAGCAGCAGAUGAAUCUGGCCCGCAGAGCCUGCUGGAGGACCAAAUCCUCCCGCUCGGACUUCCCCCCCAAAAGUAUAGAGUUAGUUAAUCCCAUGAUUGCGAAUCAAAUCGAUGCAAUAGCAUCGCCACCGAGAGAUGAAACCAAAACAAGAACAGAACCGCAAACAGCAUUGGCAGUACGCAAAACAACCUGCACAUUCUCCGACUGGCGGGGGAUUCUCGGAAAAAGGAUGCUGCUCAUAUGCGGAUUCAUCCUAAUCCUUGGAAUCGCCCACGGGCGGCCGAACACAAGUGCCGUGGGCGUGGCUUCGGCAAAGGAUGGCAAGGAUAUUGCGGAUGCGGUCACCCAGCUAAAUCUGCCCCAAAGCCCGCCCAUGGAUGGGGUGGAUGUGGAUCCAACGCCACCCGUGAGGUUGCCACGUGCCGAGCCACUCAGAUCCAGCGACCAGGAUGCGGAGGGCGGCGAAGGGCACAAGAUGGAGAGGUAUCCCCUCUCCAGUGUGGAUUUUGCUCGGGUAAAAACGCCGUUCAUCAUCGGAAUCUGGAUUCUGUCCGCCAGUAUAGCGAAAAUCGGUUUCCAUAUGACGCCCAAACUGCAUCUAAUAUUUCCGGAGUCGUGCCUGCUGAUUGUCGUGGGCGUGGUCAUUGGGGUGGUGCUCUAUUUUUGCACCGAUGUGGCCGUCUCCCCACUGACCCCGAACACCUUCUUCUUCUACAUGCUGCCCCCGAUCAUCCUGGACGCAGGCUACUUUAUGCCCAAUCGAUUGUUCUUCGACAACCUGGGCACCAUCCUGCUGAUGGCGGUGGUCGGAACCAUCUUCAACAUAGCCACCAUCGGUGGUUCGCUAUACGCCUGCGGAAAGAUGGGAAUUUACGGGGAAACCGAGACUCCGGGCCUGAUGGAUGUAUUUCUGUUUGCCUCCCUAAUAUCCGCUGUGGAUCCGGUGGCUGUUUUGGCCGUAUUCGAGGAGAUACACGUCAACGAGAUCCUGUACAUUGUUGUCUUUGGCGAGUCCUUGUUGAACGAUGCCGUUACGGUUGUGAUGUACCACAUGAUGGAGUCCUACAAUGAGAUUGGCUUGGACAAAAUCAUCGCCCAGGACAUUGCCAGCGGUGUGGGUUCCUUCUUCGUGGUUGCACUGGGUGGCACUGCCAUAGGCAUCAUCUGGGGCUUUCUCACAGGUUUGGUAACCCGGUUCACCGAUCAUGUGCGAGUCAUAGAACCUAUUUUCAUAUUUGUGAUGGCUUACUUGGCCUAUUUGAAUGCGGAAAUCUUCCACAUGAGCGGCAUUUUAGCCAUCACUUUCUGUGGUAUAACGAUGAAAAACUAUGUGGAAUCGAAUAUUUCACAAAAGUCGCAUACGACUGUUAAAUAUGCCUUGAAGAUGCUGUCCAGUUCGGCGGAGACCAUUAUCUUUAUGUUCCUAGGCGUGGCCACAGUGAACAAUAUGCACGUAUGGAAUACGUGUUUUGUUCUGCUGACCAUUACCUUCUGUUCGGUGUUUCGUGUUAUUGGUGUUAUUUUGCUUUCCGCCCUUGCCAACCGCUUCCGUCUGCAUAAAUUAUCCAGAGUGGAUCAGUUUGUGAUGUCCUACGGCGGAUUGCGCGGUGCUGUGGCCUUUGCCCUGGUACUUCUGGUCGAUGAGAAUGUGGUCAAGCAGAAGAACAUGUUUGUCACUACCACGAUAGCUGUGAUUUACUUUACCGUCUUCCUGCAAGGCAUCACCAUCAAACCGCUGGUUAAGAUCCUUAAUGUGAAACGGGCCAAUAAGCGCAAGCCAACCAUGAAUGAGCGAAUUCAUGAAAGGUUUAUGGAUCACUUGAUGGCUGGCAUUGAGGAUAUUGUGGGCAAGACAGGCAACUACAAUGUGCGUGAUAAAUUCAAGCGUUUCGACAAUCGCUUCAUUCGCCCGCUGCUGAUCAGAGACCUCAAGGGCGCUGAGCCAAAGAUCAUCGAGACGUACUCCAAACUCACAAUGCGCGAUGCCAUGGAGGUGAUGAGGCGGAAUCCAUCCACCAUCGGUCAGAUGACGGGCACCGAGUCGAUGAGCGCCCUGUUCCGGAACUAUACCAAUAACUAUAUUGGGGGCAGGUGGGCACCGCCAACCAUAUACACCACCUGUCCCAGUCUAACAAAUCUAGACAAUACCUGUUCGCGUAAUCUGGACAUGGCUGAGCUGGAUUAUAAUCCAUCCAAGAAGGAUCUGACUGAUGCCAGGAUCCAUCAUCUGUUGGCCGAAGAACUGAAGCCUUAUAGAAGGGCCUCAAUACAAAUGCACCGUCGUCUUAGUUAUAGCCGACACGCAGUAGAUGACAGAGAUUUGUCCACCCAGGUCAAUUACAAAAUGCAAAUGAACUUUAGGCGAAUGUUCAAUGAUCGCAAACAUCACAAACGCAGCAAACGUGGGGCCAGCAAUAAGGAGGCCAAGGAGAACGUUAAGCAGAAUCAUGUCUCGUUCCAUGAUUUCCAACAGAAUGGCACCACCAAGCAGCUCACCAAUGACUAUAUUAACAAUGUGCUUAAUGAAACAGCCGAGGAGUGCCAACAGAAUCCCAACGAGAUCAAUGUUGUUGGCCCCAGCGACGAUUGGGAUGAUGGCCUGACCUUCACCGCCAAAUCAUCACCUGACUCGGAUCGCGCCAAUAACAAUUCCCUGAUAGCCCACAUCCAAAACCUGCCGGGUUUCGAUGCAUCCAAGGCGCGUAUCGUCGUCCAGCAUUAUGCACCGAAGGUCGACGAUGGUGCGGAAACAGAUCUAGAGUCGCCGGAUCAGGCCAUUGGGCCCACGGCCGCCGAAUUGAUAUUGCCGUGGCGGCGGGAUCGUUCAUACCAGAGCAUUGUGGCCGAGCAUCCCAUUCCCGAGGAGGAUCGCAAUCUGUCCCGCGAAUCCGAUGGAGAGAGGCGUGUGGCCACGCCCACCGCCACGGAAUCCCAGCUGCCGUGGAAACGACAAGGUGACGAAUGCACGGAUGCAGUGCAGCAGAACGAGUUCCCCGCCUGGGCUUCAAACAAGGAGUACUUGGCCUACAAUUCCCCCAGUGCAACAUUCCUAGGUGGUAUAAACAAGCCUAAACAGCCCAAGUCCGUCAUAGGUCUCUUCCGGCGUGAGAGUUCCAGUUCGAAGGGCGGAAGCGUUGGCAUCGGCAGCUCGGGAGCCGUGGACACAGCCGCCAGUGGGUCGGAUGCGAUGGUCGUGCCCAUGUCCAAUCAACCGGCCAAUGUUCCAUCAACGUCCAUGCACAAUCCGCGGCUGGACAAGCGCUCCCAGUCGAUAUCCUCCGGUUCGCUGGGCGCCGGGCCACAUCAGCUGGGACCGGAUGGUCAUUCCGGACCAUUUCCGGUCACGGCCAGUCACCGGCGGAAUGUGCGCAGGGGCUCCAUGCUGGAGCUGAGCGGACUCAUUACAACUGGACGAAGGCCCAGUAGAAUUUUACAAUUUAGUCCGGGAGCAACUAAUUUACUAGAGUCAGCCAAGAUCACAACUCCUUCUCCUCCACCUCCUACUACUUCAACAAUAACAACAACAACUACAGUAAAAACAACAACAACCACAUCAACCACCAAGAACAACAACAACACCACCAACAAUUCAACAGAAACAACAUCAGCAAGCGCGAGUUACUCGACGCCCACCACCCCAAGAUCAGAGGAUAGCGCCACAUAUACAUACUAUCCAAAAGACACAAUACCCGAGGAGUCGUCGUACCAGCAUGGACACUCCAAGUCCUUGUGCGAGCCGGCGGAUUCGGAUGACUGGGAGGGAGCAGCACUGUCCGCCGUCGGCGGAGCCAACAGCGAACGAAUGAUGCGAUUGAGCGGCAGGGAACCCCUUCUGCCACGCCCCUCCAACACGCCCCGCGCCCAAAUCCGUCGCAUGAACGCUGGAGCGGUGGGCGGGGCAGCGGUUACCCAAGCAGGCCGGAGAAACCAGGUGACCAAGGCUCUGUUGGACUACGAGGAUUCCGAUUCGGACUCCGAGGAGAACGAUGACGAUGAGGAUGAGGACUUUGAUUCGUACGAUGACGAGAACAUUGUGGUCACCACCUUUACGACCCCAGCCACGGGCAGGAGAUCGGGUUCCAGUCCAGGAUCGGGAUCGGAUGCCAAUACCGCCACAACCACCACCACCACGACAAGCAUUCGGCUGACCCGCAACAACGACGAGAGCAUCAUUUGAGUAUCGAGCACGGAUGGCGAUGUGGAGGAGGAACUGGAUGAUGACGAGGACGAGGAUCUGCCAACCAUCUCAGUACCACCAUCCCGUAUUCCAAAAAGUUCACGGCGGCGCCUAUUCCCAUACGAGAUGUUCUACUAACUAACUCCGGAACACACCCCACACACAUUUAUAUGACCUAGUUUGUAAGCCUAAAGUUGACAAAGAGUUGCUAAAUAGUUUCCCCAAAAAAAAUGGUUUAAAACAAAAAGCUUUAUAAUUAUAUUGUCAAACCACAAGAAUCGGACAAAAGCCUAGGAAAGGAAAUAGCAAAAAAAAAUUGUAUAUAACACCAGAUUUGAACAACAAAUUAAUUUCUUCUUCGUCUUUUAAGUCGCUUCUUAAGAUUUGUAACUUCCAGUUUGUGUUUAGUGUUUAAUCCCGAUCAAAUGUUAUUAUGUACCACAAACGUAUAUAUCGAAAAACCGAUUUAGUGAUUUCAGCAGAUGUGUUCCAAAAUAGCAAGCAAGCAAAUUAAUUGUUUAAUAACUAACAAAGCGUAGCCAAAGUUCUUAUUAAGCCUAUAACAAACGUUGAUUUCUUUGUUUAUAAUUUAGACAAAAUGUACCAAAUUGAGAUCACAUUGCGAUAAUGUGUUGCUAACCGUACUUAAGCGCGUACUUAGUUCGAUAACAUAGUGAAAUCGCAGAGUUUAGUUCAAUUUUAGCCUUAGUUAAUAAAUUAAUGAGUUUAAAGAAAUUAAUUUCUGUAUAGCCGCAGAGUCAGAACUAAGAAUAAUACAGCAAAGUUUUACUCAGUUGAAACUGUGAGUUCAAUAACUUUCAUCAGCCUAUUACAAGUAACAUUUUAAUGCAUUUUAAAACUAUGAGACAACUCCAGAAAUUUUAAGAAUUUCCAAGUCUGUUGAAAAGUCCAUUUUAGUUUUGAUAACAUCAGAUUCCUGUUACAAGAGAUCAUACAUUUAUAGAUUUUCUGUAGUACCUCUAUAUGCUGACCUUUUAUUUAAAAGAAAAGCACACCACAGAGGCAGCUGAGUAAAACUUUGGCUGACCCUAACUAUAAAAUAUACACAAAUCAAGUAACUAAUAGUGGACAGGUAAAUGGACAGAGUUAUGUAAUUUAUAAAUUAUUUUUGUAAACAUUUACGAACGAUAAAGAUGAAAACCUAAUGGUGGAAAUGUUCGAACGAGCGAGAGAUUUGCGAACGAUUAUGUAUGGAAUGAGUGCAUGACUAGGAUUGAGCUAACCAAGCAUAAAAAAAUAGUUUAACAUGCUCAAAAUCAAGUAAAUUAAACUAGAGAUAGUUGAAUAUAAAUAAAUUCACUAUGCUGACGUAGAUUUGAAAAUGCAUUAGAAGAAUAAACUCUAAUUACCAGACCAGACCCAAGGAGAAGCACGGAGCCAACUGAGGAUACAGUAGCCAAUAUCCAGAAUGAUGGGAUAAUAUUCUGGAACCUACCUACCUAAAAAUAUUUGCGGGGACUGCUAACGGUAAAUCGUGGAAAUGGAACACAUACCUACCAACUACGAGUAAUACAAAAUAAAUAUAUAUUUUCUAACUGAUGUGCAACGCGCCCCUAGUACCAAACUUUAGUUUAACCAUCUAAGACCUAAGUAGUUUGUAUUCGCAUUAUGUUCUAUCCAAGAAAUUGCCUUCUGAAUAUGCACACCAGAUCAGAUAGAAUUGGUUAUCAUAGUUUGUUUCACAUUUUUAUUUCGAUCAGAAAGACAAUAAACGGCUACAAGAGACGCGAGAUCUUGGAAAUUGUCAUUUCAAUAAAUCUUUAAUGGAAAAAAACAUAAAAAAUCAGAGCUGUGUUAUAUUGUGAGCAGGUUUUCUAUAUAAACUUGAAUUAUUCCACUGAAUUUCAGAAAUAGAAAAUGGAUUGUGGGAUUAAGAAUUUAUAUAUUGGACGCUGACUCAUAAAUUACUUGCUUAAGAAAACUAACCUUGAAUUCAAUUGAUGACUAAAUCGAGAAAGUGUUUGCAGUUUUCAUACCGUAGGCCUUAAGUUGUGCAUACUUCAAAAUUAAUAAAAAUAUUGAUAGCGCAAAAUAACAAAAAAAAAAUUCAAAAAACACACGAUGCAAACCCGAAAGUAAGAAUUGUAAAUUGUUAAACUGAUUUUAAAUAUUAUAUAAGAAAAAAAAUU